ACGAGGGAGACUUCAGAGCCCGCCCAGAGGGUCGCCGCGGCCAGUCCGUAAUAAUCACCACGAUGGGAUCUGUUCGGCGCUUACUAGUCCUCGACCCCACCACCCAGCUGGGUUUCCUUGCGAAAAUGUCCUGCUCUUCAUUCUCCAGGACGGCUCUGGGAGGAGAGUCCUCAGACCCCCCCAGUUUUACCCACCCACUUUUGCCCGCGAAGUCACCCGGAGGGCCAGUUCGUGCUGUUCAGACACCGUAUGCUGCCCUGUGAUCUGCCGAGGCUGGGCAGAGAUUGGAUUACGUCGUGGGAGAGCCCUUGGAGAUUCUGCAGGAACAGACACAUCUCUAGCUGUAUGAGGUGGCCGGGACACUCGCCUUGGGAUCCUUACCCGUACUUCAGGAGCAGCAGAAGUUGUCCGCUAAAUUGGAGACCAGUAUGCCUGCCCGGGCCUAAUCGACAUCAGUUUCCAUCCUGGAAUUGGAGACCGGACACUUUUACACAGACUUCUUUGUUCCACCUUUCUAAUUACAGCAUGGACUCUGAGGAAGAUGAGCCAUCAUCCAAACGAAGAAAACACCAAGGAAUGAUAAAGAGGCAUUGGGAAUCUCUCUGUCUUCCUAAUACAGAAAAAAUGAAGAUCCUAGGAGACAAUAAUAUGGUCCCAAGAUUUAAAGAAGAUGAAAAAUUUGAUUUUUCAGUGAUGUCCUACAACAUCCUUUCCCAGGAUUUAUUGGAAGAUAAUUCACACCUGUACACACACUGUCGUCAGUCACUGCUGAACUGGAGUUAUAGGUUUCCCAAUAUUCUAAAGGAAAUUAAACAUUGGAAUGCAGAUGUGCUCUGUUUGCAAGAAGUCCAAGAAAACCAUUACAAAAGAGAAAUCAGGCCAAGCUUGGAAUCUUUGGGAUAUCAUUGUGAGUACAAGGUGCGAACAGGAAGGAAACCUGAUGGCUGUGCAAUUUGCUUCAAAUUUUCUAAAUUUGCCCUUGUGUCCGCUAACCCAGUGGAAUUUUACCGCCACAACAUCCCCCUGUUGGACAGAGACAAUGUAGGGCUCGUGUUGCUUCUGCAGCCCAAAUUCCAGUGCACUGCUACUCCAGCUGCCCUUUGCGUAGCUAAUACACAUCUGUUGUACAAUCCAAGGCGAGGAGACAUUAAAUUGACUCAACUGGCAAUGCUCCUGGCAGAGAUUGCCAGUGUUUCCCAUCAGAAAGAUGGUCGCUUCUGUCCCAUCAUCAUUUGUGGUGACUUUAACUCUGUUCCUGGCUCUCCACUGUACAGUUUUCUAAGGGAAGGGAACCUCAAUUAUGAAGGACUUGCCAUAGGAAAGGUGUCUGGCCAGGAGCAGUCUCCCCGGGGACAGAGAAUUUUGUCUAUUCCAAUUUGGCCUCAAAGCCUAGGCAUUUCACAGAACUGUGUGUACGAAAUACACCAGGCAUCAAAAGUUGGGAAGGAAGUUUUAGGAGGAGCUGUGACAGAAGCACAAAUGGAAGAGGCAGAGAUCCUAGUAGCAGCUGAAAAACUGCCAUCAAACCUACAGCACCGUUUUAGCUUAUCCUCUGUUUACUCCCACUACCUCCCUGACACUGGACUUCCAGAAGUGACAACUUGUCACUCCAGAAGCGCCAUCACAGUGGAUUACAUUUUUUAUUCGGCGGCGAAGGAAGAGGUGCCUGUGCAGCCAGGUGCGGAAGUUGCUUUCGUUGGUGGCCUAAAACUUCUAGGUAGACUCUCACUUCUAACAGAGCAAGACUUGUGGACUGUUAAUGGACUUCCCAAUGAAAACAACUCUUCAGAUCAUCUCCCUUUACUGGCCAAGUUCAGACUUGAGCUCUGACAUUAUUUCUUUUACAAGUGUCAAGUUACCUACAUUGCUUUUUCCAUCCCAUGAAGACAAAGAUGUUCAAAGCAACGUGCAUGCUGAAUUCUUGUGUAGUUUUUAAAAAAAAGUCUUUUAAAAUGAUUAUAGUACUUUGUGGUUCAGCAUGAAGAACAGGAAUAAGUUUACAUUUAUUUCUCUUUUUGAUAAAAAAAAAAGUCAGCUGGACUAUAGUGGGAGAUGGGCAUUAUUUUUCACAAAGAUGUAAAUGCUUUUUAUUAUAAACCUCUGAAAAAUUGAAUGCACUUUUCUCUGUUAUCCCAGUAAAGGACUUUAUAUGUUUGUA